AUGCGCUGGUUCAACCUGGAAAACGAGGGAGACUUGAAUAAGGAGGGGCAGGUGUGUUCGAAGCGGCUGACGGAGGGGCUGGCGGGGGCCGGGCGGUACGUGAGUGGCACCCUGGAGGUGCCACCCACGGCUUUUAUGGUAUUUUUAUACGAUGAGAGUGGUAGCGCUCGGCCGUUCAACCUUCUCGACACAUCCCAAGCCAACAUCUCUGCCUUCGUACAAGCAUGCGAGGCCAUACCGAGCUUUCAUGCUCAUGACGAUGACUGGAGACAGUACCGUUCCUUGGAAGGCUCCUCCUUCGCCACUUCAUUUGUCCCGGAACGGACAGAGAUGUUAGAUAUCGUGCGGCAGUGGAUGUUGCAUGGGUUGGACGCUAAACGGGAGCUGAAGAUGGUGCUUAAGGAGCUGAGGGUAUAUGGAACUGACGACUUCAUGGAGCGCCGUUGGGAUGACUCUGCCGGACAAACACUUGGGUCGCUCGUCGUGACCCUUCCUGCCGCUCACGAGGGCGGAGAGAUCAUCCUGCAUGCUUCGGAGGAUGAGCAAGACGUAGCCCCCUCGUCUACCCUUUCAUCAUCAGGAUCUCCCAGGAUGGCGUUCGCGGCUUACAAACAUUCCGUCAGGUCGGAGGUAACACCUAUCAUCGACGGUCAUCGCAUCAUACUCCACUACGAACUUCGCUACGCCGAUGCGCCAAAAGCCUCCCCGCCGAACUCUGUCUUGUCCCACCAGAUUGACUGGGCAUCGAGACUUCGAGGUCUUCUGGACAACAAAACUUUCCUCAUGGACGGCGGCCUCCUCUGCUUCGGUCUUCAGCACUCUUACGACGUUUCGGGCGAUGACGAGUACGGCUCGCUCAAGUUCGAACCGAAGGCUCUAGAGGGGCAGUUGAAGGGCAUCGAUCUCCAAGUCUUUCGCCUGCUGCACAACCUCGGCCUUAAACCUGAACUGCAGCUCUCGUACGACGGCGUCUUCAAAGAGGGAGUAGAUCCGGAGUACUCCCUCCCAUGCCCGACGCGAGGCCUUGCGAGUCAGCCGGUCGACUUGCUCAAAGUCUCCGGGUCAUCAAAGAGGACGCUGAGUCAAGUUUUGAAAACCGAGGGCACGCUUGCGAAGGAAGGGCUCGAGGCCGACCAGGCCGUCUGGGUAACGCCGGUGACUGAAAAUACGUACACCAGGCAGAUCUGCGCCACCCCGGAAGACAAGGCUACAUGGGUCAGCUAUGUGCGUGCCAAUAUGUGCAUAGUUGCUCGAGUCAACUCCGAGUGGGAUCGCAUACGUCGUCUGAAGAAGCGAAAGAGGCCGGCGAACGAGGGGUCGGAUGCGGAGGCUGCUUCCGCGAAGAGAAAGAUGGUGCGCUUCAGAGAGGAGACGGAGGAGAUCGACAUCAAGCUGUAUGAACCAUGCGAGGCGUGCUCUGUGCUCCCAGGAGUCGAGCGUGGGAAGAGUCACGUGCCGCGACCACAAUGCAAUUCCGACGUUGCUAUCUAUCUGGACAAUCCCCGCCCGAACCCUAUCCCUUCGUCAACCAAGCCAGAACCCCUAUUCACUGCCACCAACAUCAGCACAAUGUCUAUGUCCCCAGAGCCUUCCCACAAUAUGAGCUCUGCAGCGAUUGAGCUCCUGAGCUCGUUGUCGACCACACCGACGAACAAGACCUCCUAUGUGACCGGCACGUUGGCAUUGCCCAAGUCUGCAUUCAUGAUACAUUAUGGAGGGCAUCUCACUUCAUGCUCGAUCAAUCUUCUCAAAGCAAACACAUUCGAUAUCGAGGAUCUGGUCAAAGUAUCUGAGCCUGGCACCGUGAUGCGCGAAGGGAAGUCUGUUGUGGACGAAGCCUACCGAAAGUCCCAGAGGCUCUCUGCGUCGUCGUUCACUCCGGCCAUUGUCCCAGAGCGAACUGCGCUUCUGGAUAUAAUACGCGACUUCCUCUUGGAGGGUAAAGACUCAACCCGGGCGAUCAAUGUAGAGUUGUGUGAACUCGAGAUCUAUGGGGAGGGAAGUUUCUCCAAGCCUCAUUGCCGCACACAAGACGGCGACGGCGUCUUCGGUACCCUCAUUCUCACCUUUCCAAUACCCCAUAAGGGUGGUGCUCUUGCUCUGCAGCCGCACAACAGUCAAGAACAUGUCUUCGACACAGGAUCUAAGCUCUCUUCUCGCCCUGCAUACGUGGGCUACGCUGCAUUCUGGGGAGAUGUAGAGCACGAAGUACUACCUGUCACAUCAGGACAUCGGAUCACGCUCCAGUACAAUCUCUCAUGGGCCGCCAAGCGAGCGACUCCUGCACCAUUAUCUUCCACGGAGCAAACAGUGGUGUGGAGCAACAUGCUACAACGCCUGAUAGCUGACGAUACGGUCUUACCCGACGGCGGGCUCUUCUGCUUUGGUCUGCGCAACUCGUACUCUGUGCCCGCUGAAGACGAACCCGACAUGGACGAAUACAAGCCGUCCGACAUUCGGGAGGACUUGCGAGGCGCGGAUCUUCUGCUCAUCUCCGAGCUGGAGAGGCUAGGCUUGGACGCGGAGGUCCUGAUGUCGUAUGAGGGCAUCGACGGCGACGGAAUCAUGGAGGCCGGUAACGAGGCCGAAGAAGCAACUUUCGGGCUUACCGACCAUCUUAUAAGCUUCUAUCUCGGGAUGGAGCAGACUUACCAGGAGCUAGUUCAAGAGGAGAGUUAUAUCUCAAGCAACGAUAUCGACGUCGAGCAAGUCAUCUGGAUUACGCCUAUCACAACCGCCACACGUCUCAAGCAAUCGUGGGCCGCGACUACCCAUAAGGCAGCUUGGGCAGAGCAUGUAUACGCGAACUUCUGCAUCUGUGCUCGUGUGCAACCCUACAGUGAACGUCAAAAGAAGACUCUUAAGCGGAAACGCUUAGCGGGAGAGGCGGCCCCCACUGAAGAGGAUAGCGCGUGA